AUGAGUGAUGAUAGAAAAUCAAGUGAGCCUAAAGACACUGGGAAAUUACCAAGAGACAGGACAACCAGUGAGUGCUCAUACACCAGUGAUGAUGGGGCUGCUGGAUUUACUGGGAAACGGCAGAGAACAACUUCUCAGCAAUUCAUGGUGAUGAGUGGCUUGGCUGCUGCAUCACCCCCAAAAUUUGUUUCCCUGGAGGAAAUCAUGCAGGCUGCCAAUGGCAUGAGGGACAUGGCUUUGGUGCAUCAGAUAGCUGUUGACAAGGAUUUCAAGCUGACCAGACCAGAACCUGACCCCAACAGUGUUCAGAAAAUCAUCAAGGAAACCAUGCAUAAGGCUUUUUGGGAUGUUCUGCGUACCCAGUUGGCAGAAGAGCCACCAAAUUAUACACAAGCGCUGAAUUUGUUAGAGGAGAUAAGAGAGGGUCUAUUUUCUGUGCUUUUACCCCAACACACAAGGAUCAAACAACAAAUAUCAGAAAUCUUAGAUACCGAUUUGAUUAAGCAACAAGCUGAGAAGGGAACUCUGGACUUCAAGAACUAUGCCACCUAUGUUGUAUCUGUCAUGGGAAAAUUGUGUGCCCCAGUACGAGAUGAUAGAAUUCAAGAGUUGUCAGAAACAUCUGAUGUUAUUGAUACAUUCAAGGGUAUCCUUGAGGUGUUGGAAUUGAUGCAACUAGAUAUGGCUAAUUUCACACUCCAAAUGGCUCGUCCAGACAUCAUUGCCAGCAGCGUGGAAUUGGAAAGAAAGAAAUUUGCAGAUUUUCUCUCUGUACAGUAUGAUGGUUUGGAACACACUCGAAAAUGGUUACUAAAGUACGUCAAUACCAACGAAAGUGUCCCGAAAGAUGUGGACUAUGAGAAGUUUAUAAAAGGUGUCCUGAGAAGUGCUUUUCUUCAAGCGUGCGCGGAUUUGUUUGACUGGCCAGAAAAUACAGAUUACCCUGAAACAUUUAUGUUAGAUGUUGAUAGAUUGGAAGAUUUGCAGCAAAAAACGAAUAGGUUAAUAUUGAUAGCAACUAUUCUCUUGGUGGCGAUAAGCAAUGUCAGUGCAGACUUACAAUCACUGGCAUCUUUCAAGCAGGACUUGAAAGCUCAUAUUUCAAUAUUGUUGCAGAAUAUCAAAACUGACCAGGAUUUGAAUGACAUUUUACCGAAUGUCGCGGAACAAGUAAUGAAUGAUUUGAAGGAAGCUCAAAAAAAACAUGGACUUCCAGAAAUGUUUCAGGCAGCAGAGGCCAAUUUGAAACAGCAAAUUUUGGAUGUAGGAAAACCUGAUCACAAAGUCAGAAGCAUUGUUAAGCAAAGAGUGAAAGAGUUUUUCGCCGAUAUCAUAGAAUCUUCGACAGCUGCACCCCAAAAAGUACCAUCUGGGCUUACAGCUUUGCAAAAAGAAUUGACUGAAGUUGCUGGACAAUUUCUGAGGAUCGUUUCCCACAACAGCACUGUAUUUUGCAUUUAUUAUUACAGUAUUAUAGCUUCUGAAUUACCCAAACCAACUUAA